AUGGCAUACAGAUACCCAGACUCUGAGGAUUGGGAUGUGCGCCCCAAAAGACUGUUGAAACCCACACAGAAGGGUGCAAGCCUCUUUGAAGAAUAUAGGGAUGUUUAUAUUCGCAAACUACUUUCAUUAGGAAGAGAAUUGGAUACUAUGUUACAGUGCAACGUAACUACCAGUAGUGCUAGUGCAUUGAGUGAGCUUGGACACAGGUUGGACUCAUGUUUUAGUGACUAUAAGUGUGUGAGCGAUGAAUACCUGGACUUCCUGUGCAGGCAUAAUACAUACGAAAGUUCUCUCGAACAGACAAGCCACCAAGUGGUAAAACGAACUUACAUGGAAAGGGUGGAAAUCCUUGCCCGUACUAUAGCUCAGAGACUUAAUAAUGUAUGCUCUCCUGUACUAUUGAAGAAGACACCUUCGUUAACGGAUGCUCGUUCUAACACUGGAAGCACACAGAAACUCAGUUUGGAAGCCGCAAAAGUUCAUCUGGAUUUCGUGAAGAAAGAAAACGAGUUAAAACAGAUGGCACUCGAUAUCCAAAAACAAAUAAACGAGUUAUCGGCAAGGAAGGAGAUUGCAGUCGCAGAACUGUCUAUGGCGGAGGAAGAUGAUAGGUCGGAUAUAUCCGACUUCGACCACCUGAGUGUUGUAGACGACUUUGUUCGUGAUCUUGAGCCACCAUCCUUGAACUUGUACGCGCCAGAGUUUGAACCUCAGACUCGGAGGGAACACGCCUUUUUACCACACCCACCUACCUUUGCAACUAGCGCCGUUCCAAUGUACACCCCGUCCCGCUCAACAGAUGUUCCUGUGACCCCUGGCUUUCCAGCCUAUAUACCCACAGCAAAGGAACCGCCUGCAACCCCUUCAGAGACCGAACCACAACCCUUGUUCACAGACUUUGCUAGAUUCUGGUUCAAAAAAGACCUCGUAACCAAGAUCGACUCGUUUGAUGACAAGCCAGAGCAUUUUUUGUCGUGGAAGACCAGCUUCCUGCGAGUCAUGAGUGAACUGUCAGUGACCCCAACAGAAGAACUUGAUCUGCUCGUCAAGUACUUGGGACCGAGUUCAAGUGUCGAGGCCAGAAACAUUAAGGCUUGUCAUGCUAAUGACUCUGUAGCAGGUCGUUUGAAAGUUUGGCGUCGUCUGGAAGAGCGAUAUGGUGCACCUUCACUUGUAGAGGCUUCGAUCAGGAAGAAGCUGGAGAACUUUAAGACUUUAGACAGUCAGGACGGGAAAGAACUCUACCAACUAUGUGAUAUUUUGAACGAGAUCCAGUCCCUGAAGGAUAAUGACAUUUUUGCCAAUUUGUUAGCACAGUUCAACACAUCUGUUGGAAUUACACCUAUAGUGGCCAAGCUAACGAAGAAGCUUCAAGACAAAUGGACUACCAUUGCCUUUAGGUACAAACAGCAGAACAAUGCACAAUACCCUCCAUUUGAACAUUUUUUGAAAUUCAUCAGUGAGAUGGCCACUAUGUGCAAUGACCCUGGACUUGUGUACAAUCAACCACGUAAAGAUACUUACCGUACUCCUAAGCCUUUAGACCGCAGGAAGACAUUAUCUACACAUAAGACAAGCAUUUCCAGAGACGACCAGAUAGAUAUGGAUACAAGUGAUACACGCCUUCAGAAUCACUCCCGUGAUAUAGCUCGGUGCCCAGUGCACAAGUCAAAACAUUCAUUGAACGAAUGUGAGGCAUUUCGGAAGUGGAGACUGGAUAAGCGUCGUGCAUUCUUAAGGCAACAUUCCAUCUGCUUCAAAUGUUGCGCGUCGACUGAACAUCAACAGUCAUCUUGCACCAUAUAUUCUCCAUGUUCUGUGUGCGGGAGCAAACUACACCCGACUGCUAUGCACUGGUAUAAGAAAGACUCAGGUGACAGAGACACAAAGGAAAACAUACUCACCUCAAAUGAUGGCGGGGAGGGAACAGAAAUAUCUUCAAAGUGCACCACACUCUGCGGUUCAGUCAGUGGUGGACGUUCUUGUGCCAAGGUUGUUCUUGCUAAGGUAUUUCUCAUUGAUCGUCCACAAGCUGCUGUGACUGUUUAUGUGUUGCUCGAUGAUCAGAGCAACCACACCCUAGCUCGCUUUGAACUUUUGGACCAACUUGAAGUCACAACUGAUCCCAUCCCUUACAGACUGAAGUCUUGUGCUGGAGUGACUGAGACAUCUGGGAGAAGAGCAGUGGGAUUCUGUAUUCAGUCUAUGGAUGGACUUGUCUGUCAUCAGCUUCCGCCCGUUAUAGAGUGUAAUGACAUUCCAGACAACUUGAUGGAAAUCCCAACUCCAGAGGUUGCGCAUGCUCAUCCUCACUUACGGCAUAUUGCUAAGGAACUUGCCCCACUACGCAGAGAUGUUGGUAUACAGCUGCUGAUUGGCAGGGACUUGGUGGAUGUGCAUCAGGUGCAAGGCCAGGUGACUGGGCCCCCAGCAUCCCCCUUUGCACAGAAGCUCAGCCUUGGAUGGGUCGUAAUUGGAGAGGUAUGUUUGGAUGGGCGUCACAAGCCAAGUGAUCUCAGUGUCUUGAAAACCAAUAUUCAGAAUGAUGGUAGAGGGACAAUAUUUACCCCAUGCCAGAACAGCCUUCAUGUUAAGGUCCGAGGCCCCCCUACUUACAUGCCCCCUCAAGCUCAGGACUUCAAAGGUGAUAAUUUGUUUUACACUGACAGACAUGACAAUAAGGUGGGAAAUUCUGUGGAAGAUCGCGAAUUCUUGUCACUAAUGGACCAGACUUUCCAGAAGAACUCUAGUGGUAAUUGGACAUCUCCACUUCCUUUCAAGAAUGCACGUCCACACCUUAUGAACAAUAAAACUCAAGUCUUCAAACGGGCUUGCAACCUAGACCAUAGUUUGAAGAAAAAUCCUGAAAAGCUAAAACAGAUGUGUGAAUUUAUGGAAAACAUAUUCAACACAGAAGCAGCGGAGAAAGCACCAGAGGUAGCCAGGGGACAUGAGUGUUGGUACAUCCCAAUAUUUGCUGUGACGCAUCCUAAGAAACCUGGCAAAGUUCGUGCUGUAUUUGAUUCUUCGAUAGUGUAUCAGGGAUGUUCAUUGAAUGAUGCUCUUUUGUCAGGACCCAACUUGACAAACAAUUUGCUAGGAAUCUUGUUACGAUUUCGCAAGGAUUUGUGUGCUAUAGCAGGAGACAUCCAGCAGAUGUUUUACCGUUUCUUUGUAAACGAGAGAGACAGAGACUACUUACGGUUCUACUGGUAUGAGAACAACGAUCCACAUUGUCAAAUGGUAGAGUACCGUAUGACCGUCCAUGUGUUUGGGAAUCGGCCUUCCCCUGCGGUGGCAACAUAUGGGCUUAGACGGGCAGUACGAGACGCGGAUCACGAUGUAGUCAACUUUGUACACCAGGACUUUUAUGUUGAUGACGCAUUAAUGUCUAGACCUACUCCUGAAGAAGUGAUUGACCUUAUGAGACGAACUCAGAAGGUACUUGCUGAAGAAGGGAAAAUAAGAUUGCAUAAGAUUGUGUCAAAUGUACAAGAAGUGGUGGAUGCAUUUCCUCCAGCUGACUUGGGAAAGGACGUUCAGGACUUGUCGAUUGGUGGGGAUGAUGAUGUAGUUCAGCACAGCCUUGGAUUGGCCUGGAAUCUGAGAUCUAACUGUUUCGUCUUCCAGAAGCCAGAUGCUGAUGUUCCCUUCACUCGCCGUGGAAUACUCUCAAGGGUCAACAGUAUCUUUGACCCCAUUGGCUUUCUGUCUCCAGUGACAAUAUGUGGUAAGUUGAUUCUACGUGAGAUGUGUACAGGGAGUCCAAGCUGGGAUGAUCCUCUACCAGAAGAGUACCGAGAUAGAUGGGAGAGUUGGAGUAAGUCACUUGAUCAGUUAAGCAGUCUACAUAUUCCCCGGAUGUUCGUUCCACAGUCGCUGAGCUUAGCAUCAGACCCACAACUGCUGAUAUUUUCCGACGCAUCGGAAACUGCGAUUGCAGCUGCAGCUUACCUGAAGGUGAAGCAUGACAUUGGAUUUGUCAUGGGAAAGUCUAAACUCGCACCUCUAGCAGGGCAUAGUAUUCCACGUCUGGAGCUAUGUGGUGCUGUGCUGGCAGCAGAAAUAGGAGAAUUUGUGACAAGACGAUUUUACAACUAUGUAAGUAAUAGGAUUGCUAGGAUCCAUGCUGUAUCAACCCCUAGCCAGUGGAGCUAUGUGCCCACUCACCUGAACCCGGCCGAUGCAGCGACUAGAGGAUCAAUUUCUGACAUUAGUCAUAUGUUAGACACAUGGCUUGUUGGACCAGUGCAGUUUUGUUCAAGGGACCUAGCAGAAAGCGAACCUGAGGUUGAAUACCCACUCAUCAGCCCUGAUGACGAUAAGGAUGUUCGUCCCGAAUUGAACACCUUUAAGGCUGAUGUACAUGUAUCGACUAAGCUACUCCCGAUCGAGGAUCGUUUUAGUAAAUACUCUACUUGGGACAGUCUUGUGGCCGCAUUGUCCAUACUUCGACAUGUAGCUGCCUCCUACCGAGGUUCCAAUGACUGUACUGGUUGGCACAUGUGCCAGAACACCAAAUGUGAAUCUGCGCGCAAAGACACUGAACGCUUCAUUAUUAGAUGUGUACAAGCUCAGGCCUUUGGUGCUGAACUCGAAGCAAUUGAGAGAAAACAUGACCUACCUAGGGACAGUCGUAUUCUGGAUUUAUCUCCCUUUAUCGAUGACAAAGGUCUGCUCAGAGUUGGAGGUCGUUUGAACAAGCUGAAGAGUACAGGACUCUCAUCGCUUAACCCAGUUAUAGUUCCUAACGGACAUGUGGCAGUACUACUGGUACGUUUCAUCCAUAACAAGGUUUUCCACCAGGGCAGAACGAUCACUGAAGGCGCCGUACGUUCUCAUGGCUAUUGGAUCCUGGGAGCAAAGAAACUCGUAUCCUCCAUCAUUCAUGGUUGCGUUGUGUGUCGGAAGCUCCGUAGGAUGCCCCAGGAACAGAAGAUGGCAGAUCUCCCUGUUGAUCGGCUCACCCCAGGACCCCCAUUUUCCUCUGUAGGACUUGAUGUGUUUGGUCCGUGGCCGGUAGUUACCAGAAAGACGCGUGGUGGAUCAGCUCAGAGUAAAAGAUGGGCCGUCUUGUUUACUUGCUUAACUACACGAGCAGUACAUAUUGAAGUGAUUGAGGACAUGUCUAGCUCAUGCUUCAUUAAUGCCCUGAGACGCUUUAUAGCCUUGCGUGGACCAGUAAAGCUUUUUCGUUCUGACAGGGGGACAAAUUUUAUUGGAGCUGUGGGGGACCUUGAUGUGAAUGCCAUCAACGUUGAAGACAAUAUGAUGAAGACUUACCUGAAGGAGAACAGAGCAACCUGGUUGUUUAAUGCCCCUCAUGCAUCCCAUAUGGGAGGUGUAUGGGAGAGAGUUAUUGGUAGUGCUCGCAGGAUUUUGGACUCUAUGCUGCUUCAAGACAGAGGCAAAGAACUUACACACGAAGUACUAGUCACGUUCAUGGCAGAGGUUUGUGCCAUACUUAACUCUCGCCCGAUAGCGCUUGAUACGGACCCAUCAUCACCCAUGGUACUGAGCCCAAACGUACUCUUGACACAGAAACAGGGGGAUAUCGGAUCUUUCUCAGAACAUUUGGGUAUCAAGGACAUGUACACAGCCAGCUGGAAACAUGUUCAGGUGCUGUCUGAUAUGUUUUGGAAGAAGUGGCACGUUACCUACUUGGACAGUUUACAAAAGAGACAGAAGUGGUAG